AUGAUGUCCUCUGUGUCUUGGCAGCCAUGCUCCACCAAAGGGGGCUUCAGCUCCAAUCCUGCCAGUGUAGGGGGCAGGUACCCGGCUCGUGCCAGCUUCAGCUCGGUGAUGGUAUCCCAGAGCUGUGACAGUGGUAGGGGAUUCCACUGUGACCCCAGCAUGGGCAGCUUUGGCAGUCGGAGCCUCUAUAACUUGGGAGGCAGCAAGAGCAUCUCGGUCAGCGUGGCUAGAAAGGCCUCAUUGGGGUGGUCCCUGGGGGACCUUGGCCUUGGUGGCAGGGCUUACCCUGGCCUGGGGGCUGGCAGGCAGACAUUUGGGCCCACCUGUCCUCCUGGAGGCAUCCAGGAGGUCACUGUCAACCAGAGCCUGCUGACCCCUCUCAACGUGGAGAUAGACCCGGAGAUCCAGCGGGUGCGCACCCAGGAGCAUGAGCAGAUCAAGACCCUCAACAACAAGUUUGCCUCCUUCAUUGACAAGGUGCGGUUCCUGGAACAGCAGAAUAAGGUGCUGGAGACCAAGUGGGCACUGCUGCAGGAGCAGGACCAGGACUCGGGCGACACCAGGAACACCCUGGAACCCUUCUUUGAGAACUACAUACACAACCUGCAGAGUCAGCUGGGCAACCUCCAGAGUGAGGGGCUGAGGCUGGACUCAGAGCAGGGGAGCAUGCGCAAUCUCCUUGAGGACUACAAGCGCAAGUACGAGGAUGAAAUUAACAAGCGCACUGCUGCAGAGAACGAAUUUGUGGUGCUCAAGAAGGACGUGGAUGCUGCAUACACGAACAAAAUGGAUCUACAGGGCAAAGAGGUCUCCUUUACCGAGGAGCUCAAAUUCCUGAGACAUCUCUAUGAACUGGAGCUGAGCCAAGUGCAGACCCAUGUGUCUGACACCAGCGUCAUCUUGUCCAUGGACAACAACCGCAACCUGGACCUGGACAGCAUCAUUGCUGAGGUCAAGGCCCAGUACGAGCUGAUUUCCCAGAGAAGCAGGGCUGAGGCUGAAGCCUGGUACCAGACCAAGUACGAGGAGCUGCAGGUGACAGCUGGGAAGCAUGGGGACAAUCUGCGGGACACCAAGAACAAGAUUAAUGAGCUCAGCCGCACUGUCCAGAGGCUGCAGAGUGAGGUGGAUGCAGUCAACAAGCAGGGCCAGCAGCUGCAGACCGCCAUUGUGGAAGCAGAGCAGCGCGGGGACCUGGCGUUAAAGGAUGCUCAGAAGCAGCUUGGGGACCUGGACAUGGCCUUGCACCAGGCAAAGGAGGACCUGGCCCGGCUGCUGCAUGAUUACCAGGCCCUCAUGAGCGUCAAGCUGGCCCUUGAUGUGGAGAUCGCCGCCUACCGCAAGCUUCUGGAGGGCGAGGAGAGCAGGAUGUCUGGAGAAUGUCCGAGUACAGUCAGCAUUUCGGUGACUGGCAACUCCACCACUGUGUGCAGAGGCAGUGCAGCUGGCUUUGGGGGAGGCAUCUCUCUGGGUGGGAGUGGGGUUGCUGGCAAGGGUGGAUUCAGCACCCAUGUGGGCUACAGCACUGUCAAGGGAGGGCCUGUCUCUGGGGGUACCUCCAUCCUGCGGAAGACUACCACAGUCAAGACGUCCAGCCAGAGGUAUUAGCUGCCAACCCUUGCAAGCCGGGGCCCUUGCAGUCUUCUUCCUGCUCCACUCACCCACCUCUGCUGCCCACCCCACUCACCAGAGGUGCAGGAAUAGCUCAGGAUCACAGGUCCAGCGUAUUUGAAGCCAGACUCUCUGCAUGUGAUCUGCAUUUUGGGAAGGGUUCAAACCAUCCAGGUUUUCUUGGUUCUGCAAUGAUGG